GUUUUUCCACUACGUGCCUUCACCUUUUUUCUCUCCAUUCUUGCAACUCAGGCCCUUGCGCGCAUCAUCGCUCCACCCGCAUUCGCACCUGCGCGCUCGUCCGCGGGGUCUCGUGGCCAUGGCGUCGCCGCGGCCGGUGUGGCUGGACUGCGACCCAGGUCACGAUGACGCCAUGGCCAUCAUUCUUGCUGCCCACACCCCGUCCCUGCACCUGCUCGGCAUCAGCACUGUUCACGGCAACCAAUCAGUGCACAAGGUGACAACCAAUGCGAGGCGCGUGCUGCUGCUGUGCGCGCGGCCUGACAUCCCCGUGUACUGCGGCCAAGCCAGCCCCCUGAUGCGCGCCAGGCGGCACUGCGCCGAGAUUCAUGGGGAAUCCGGGCUGGAUGGGCCCGACUGGGGGGAGGCUCAGGGGGAGGCGCAGGGGGAGGCGCAGGGGAGGAGCAGGGGAGGCGCGGGGGAGAGGAAAGCGGGGAAGGGGAAGGAAGUGACUCAGAUGUACCGACACAUCCGACGGGCGUUCCUUGAGAGGCAAGCAGCGAUGAAGGGAAGCCAGCAGGAGUCAGGAAGGGAGAAACGAUGUUGCAGUAUGGAGAGGAGAGGCAAUGGGGCCGUGAACGAGGCAGCAGUGGGGAAUGGGCAUGCAGCAGAGGGCGGGAAGGUGUAUGAGGAUGCAGCUGGGGCAGGGAGAGUGGAUGCAGGCGGUGCUGUGAAGGAACCUCCAGCAAAGAGGAAGCGAGAGGCAGAAAGUGAUCUAGAGGCAGGGGUGACGGGAUGGAUGGCUGACACUGCUCAUGCUGCUGCUGCUGCCGCCGUUGGCAAUGUUGUUGGCGCUGCCACUGCUGCCUCAGGGGGGAAGGAGGAUGUGCGGGAAGGGAGGAAGGAGGAGGGGUGUGGGGGGGAAGAGGGAGAGGGUGGCUUUAGUGUGCACGGGCAGUCUCACCAACGCGGCUCUGCUGCUCACACUGCACCCCCGGGUCAAGACUAUGAUAGAGACCCUCCGUGGGAAGGAAGGAGGGAAGUGUCAUUCCCCGUUGUGCCAAACACAUCCACUGCCCGCCUUCUCCGCUCCCUCCUCUCUCCCUCGCCCUCGCCCCGUCCCUCGUCCAUGCCCGUCCCUCGUCCAUGCCCGUCCCUCGUCCAUGCCCGUCCCUCGUCCAUGCCCAUCCCUCGUCCAUGCCCUUCCCUCGUCCAUGCCCUUCCCUCGUCCAUGCCCUUCCCUCGCACGUCCUUUUUCCAUGCAUCAACGCCACGCACCUGUCGCACAUCGCUCAUCAACAUCCGUCAACAUGGGCAACGCACAAAGAUCGUCAUUAUGGGAGGUUGUCUCGGCCUCGGCAACACUGGCGCGGUAGUGGAGUUCAACAUCCAGUGCGACCCAGAGGCAGCAAGCAUAGUAUUUAACAGCGGGUGCCCCCUCACCAUGGUGCCGCUUGAGGUCACUCACACCGCCCUGCUCUUCCCGUCAGUCGCAGCUCGCAUCUCCUCCCCGCCCCCUCACUGCCCUCUCUGCUCACCCACCACCCAUCCUGCUCCUCCUCCUUCCGAAUCCUGCAAGGGAGGGAGAGGAGUCACUAGCGGAAUCGACCAUGCUGCUCCUCCCCAAUCCUGCAACGAAGGGGGUCGGGAGGCGAGCUUGCAGGAAGGGAGGGGAGUCACUGGCGGAACCACCCAUGCUGUUCCUGCUCCCCCGUCCAGCAAGCCCCCAUCGAUCUCCACUCCCACUACCGCUGCAGCCGAUGGCAAUUCUGCCCAACCCACUGCUCCUGCUGCCAGCAGUGGCACAUGCGUGGGCUGCGACACGGGGAGAAAGCUCCGGCAAACAGUCUCUGCCUUGAUGCAUUUCUUCGCCCGCACAUACCUCGACGUGUUUGGAUUCCAGCACCCCCCGCUGCACGACCCCUGUGCGGUCGCCUUUGUCAUCGCUCCCUCUCUCGUCAAGACGGAGCAUCUUCGAGUGGACAUUGAGACCAAGAGCGAGCUGUCAGCAGGCCAGACAGUGUGUGAUGUGUGGCGGCAGAGCGGCCGCCCACCCAAUGCACAUGUGGCUCGCAGUAUGGACGUGCGUGGCUUCUGGGACCUCAUGGUCGCUGCUGUUGACCGUGCUGCUGCUGCUGCUGCUGCUGCUGCUGCUGCUGCUGCUGCUGCUGCUGCUGCUGCUCAUGCCGCCCUUAGUCACUGAGUGAACAAAACAAGAGCCAUGUGGCUUGCAGCAUGCACGUGGAUGCCUGCUGGGACCCCAUGGUUGGAGCAAUGGACCGUCCUUGUGGCUGCAUAGUGCUGCUGCACAUGCUGCAGCUGCUGCUGCCCUUGUGGCUCGCAGCAUGCGUCUGGCAUGUGUAUGGCUUUUUUGAAGGAUUUAUGGCAGUUAAUCAUCUCGGUGCUAUCGACCCAGGCGCUGGGUCGGUAAUUGCCCAGCACUGUGAAUGUCGGGAGGCUGACCAACUCACAAUUCGGCAGGUGCUUCUUGAACCCACCAUUCUAGCAUCAUGUGUUUUGGGGUGCCCAGCAAGCAUGAGUUGGCUGCUUAGAUGUUUAUUGCAUGUACGGUACAAGGUAAACAUUAUGCAUCGAGAAUUCAUGCACAGCACC